AUGUCUCUUUCGUUUUCCGACCAGAUGGAGUCCCGAACGACGCCGCCUGCUGCCUCUGCUGCCGACGAAGGCAACAACUGUGGUCCUAGCAGGCGAGAAAGGGAGACCGGGAGCUCAAAGUCGCGACUGCCGCCGCCGGAGGCUGUGAAGAUCAUGAGCUGUUCCAAAUCGUUGCUAUUCUUCUUUUCUUCUCCUAUUUAUCCCGUCGCCGCCGCCUUGUGGGUGGAGGAACUCAUGGCGUUUCCUGCUAUCACUGGUGAAUGGUGGUAUGGUUCCAGGCUCGUGUGCGACGUGGGUGCGAUGUGA